AUGAAAAUGGAGAUACAAUACCAUGCAAGACCCCUUUACCAAAUUGGAGGAACAACAAACUCUCGAGAAGAUGAUGGAAGCUCUCCACAGAUUCCACUCCACGUACCCUUCAACUAUUUUGGCAAAUCUUACUCUCAGAUUUAUGUCAAUCACAAUGGACAUCUGACCUUUGAAGCACCAUGGAGUAGUUAUUCACCAAAGCAGUUUCCAAUGUAUGGUAGCAGAGACAUCAUUGCUCCUUACUGGACCGAUUUAGACAAUAGUAGAAGUGGUAACAUCUACUAUGUUGAGUACACCAACGGCUCUAUUAUCCAACAAGUUACCCAGGACAUCAACUCUUACUUCCCACAAGUUAACUUUCAUGCCACUUGGAUCUUUAUUGCGACUUGGCAUAAAGUUCCCUAUUAUUCAAGGCCUGAAACACAUUCAACCUUUCAGGCAGUCUUGGCUUCCAAUGGGAAUUAUUCAUUUGUGCUUCUCAAUUAUGGACCCCUAGCACCGAGGAAGACCUCUAUAGAGGCUGGAUAUGACACAGCUUAUUCCUCUCACCACUUCACCAUCUGUAGAUCAUUUUCUAAUAACACAAUCUUCAACAGCUCCCUUUUAAGCCAUGGUAGUAACAUCAAUGUACCUGGUCGGUGGGCUUUUCGUGUAGAUAAUGGUUCAAGGGGCUUUACUUUUAAUGGACCCCUUUACCACAUUGGAGGAACAAGCUCUCGAGAACUUGAUGGAAGCUCUCCACGGAUUCCACUCCACGUACCCUUCAACUAUUUUGGCAAAUCUUACUCUCAGAUUUAUGUGAAUCACAAUGGACAUCUGACCUUUGAAGCACCAUGGAGUAGUUAUUUACCAAAACCGUUUCCAAUGUAUGGAGGCAGAGACAUCAUUGCUCCUUACUGGACCGAUUUAGACAAUAGGCAAAGUGGUAACAUCUACUAUGUUCAGUACACCAAUGGCUCUAUUCUCCAACAAGUUACCCAGGACAUCAACUCUUACUUCCCACAAGUUAACUUUCAUGCCACUUGGAUCUUUAUUGCAACAUGGCAUAAAGUUCCCUAUUAUUCAAGGCCUGAAACACAUUCAACCUUUCAGGCAGUCUUGUCUUCCAAUGGGAAUAAUUCAUUUGUGCUUCUCAAUUAUGGGCCCCUAGCACCGUGGGAGACCUCUAUAGAGGCUGGAUAUGACACAGCUUAUUCCUCUCACCACUUCACCAUCCAUGGAUCGUUUUCUAAUAACACAAUCUUCAACAGCUCCCUUUUAAGCCAUGGUAGUAACGUCAAUGUACCUGGUCGGUGGGCUUUUCGUGUAGAUAAUGGUACAAGGGACUGCACUUUUAAUGGUACAAGUGCCAUGAUCGUUGGAGGUCAGGAUGCAACUGCUGGACGUUGGCCUUGGCAAGCAAGCUUACAGAGAGCUGGUGGUUCCUCCUUUUGUGGCGGAUCCCUGAUCUCUGACCAGUGGGUGCUGACUUCUGCUCACUGUGUAGGAAGUGGAAUCCACACUGCUGAAGUCCAUCUGGGUGUCCACAGUUUAUCAACUCCCAACGCCAACGAAGUGAUUCGGGGAAUUGACCACUUCAUCUGCCAUCCUGACUAUGAUUCUUCUACUUUGGAGAAUGACAUCUGCCUCCUGAAGCUCUCAUCUCCUGUCUACUUUACAGACUACAUACAACCUAUAUGUUUAGCCUCAGUGGAGAGCACCUUUCAUGAUGGUACUACCAGCUGGGUCACUGGCUUUGGGGACCUUGGUAAUGGGAUGACACCUGACAUUCUGCAGAAGGUAGAACUACCAAUUGUGGGAAACAAUAAGUGUUCUUGCUACAAUCAAGACUUUGCCACCAUCACAGAGAACAUGAUUUGUGCAGGCUUUGAUCUGGGACGAAAGGUCUCAUGUCAGGGAGACUCAGGAGGACCUCUGGUGGUGUACAAUGGGUUUGUGUGGGUCCAAGCUGGAGUAGUGAGUUUUGGAGAUCGUUGUGCCAUUCCAAAGAGACCCAGAGUCUACGCUCGAGUGUCAAAGUAUGACAAAUGGAUCAAUGACAGUGUUACUGGAAAGAAACCAGGCUUUGUUAACUUCACCUCCCCAGGCACUGACUUCGACUUGUCCUUCACCUGUGCUACAUCAUUGCCUUUCACUAAUGAUGAUAGUAUUUCUGGCAGUUGUGAAAACCUGAGUCACUUCACUCAAUUUGUGACUCUCACUGCUCUUGCUCUGGUUCUCCAUGUCUCUGUUGGUAGUAGGGGAAUGUAA